AUGUUCGUCGCGAGGCGGCGAAGGGCCGCGGAAUUUUCCAGCUUCACUGAGUGCGGGCGCCCCCGACCCGCCGCCACCGCCACUGCCGCAGCCUUCGCGCAAGGAGGAGAAAAGGCCGAGGAGGAGGAGACGGAGAAGGAGAUGGAGGAAAAGGACCACGGAAGGGGCAAGAAGGACGAGGAGAACUGA